AUGGCGCAAGCGCCGCGAAAGCCUCUAAUCACCAUCGUCGGUGCGACAGGGACCGGCAAAUCAGAUCUGGCUAUAGAAAUCGCGCGGAAGUACAAUGGCGAGGUUAUCAACGGUGAUGCGAUGCAACUGUAUCGUGGGUUGCCUAUCAUCACCAACAAGAUUACGCAAGAGGAGACGAGAGGCGUUCCUCAUCAUCUUCUAGGCUGCAUUAGCCUUGAAGAAGAGACGUGGACUGUGGGGAAGUUUGUGGGCGAGGCUUUGAGAAUAAUUGAUAAGAUCAGAAGUAGAGGCAAACUCCCGGUCUUGGUCGGUGGCACUCAUUAUUAUACACAGUCACUCUUGUUCCAGGAUGCGCUAUCAGAUGAGCCUGAGUUGAAUCUGAAUGAGAACAGCCAGCCUUUGCCUAUACUGGAAGAGCCGACCGAUGUCCUGCAUACCAAGCUGAGGGAAGUCGAUCCCAUCAUGGCUGAUCGGUGGCAUCCAAAUGAGCGGCGCAAGAUCCAGCGUUCACUAGAGAUAUAUCUAAGAGCGGGAAAACCAGCUUCGCAGCUCUACAAGGAACAGAAACUUCAGCGCGAGGCCUCUGCUGCCCAGGCGGAUGGCACAACGUCGGAUAGUCGAUCAGGCCUUCGUUUCGAAACUCUUGUGUUCUGGGUGCACGCAAACAAGGACGUGCUGCACCGCCGUCUUGACGGUCGCGUUGACAAGAUGAUCGCCCGAGGUCUUCUCUCUGAAGUUGAGGAACUCGGUAGUUUCCGUGAACGCCACGAAGCCGACACCGGUGUUAGUAUCGACCAGACCCGGGGCAUAUGGGUAUCGAUUGGAUACAAGGAGUUUCUGGAGUACCAAAGUGCUCUUUCAGACAGCUCACGGGAAGCAUCUGAGCUGGAAAAGUUGAAGGUUCUUGCCACCGAGAAGACACAAGCAGCAACCCGCCAAUACGCCAACCGCCAGAUCAAAUGGAUCCGGAUCAAACUCCUCAACGCACUCAUCAGCGCAGGCCAAAAAAACACCACCUUCCUAGUCGACGGCUCCAACCUAUCUCAAUGGGCAGACAACGUCGUCAAACCCGCCAUAUCCAUCACCCAGCAAUUCCUCUCCGGCCAACCACUUCCCCCACCCUCGACGUUGUCGCCGGCAGCAGCAGAAAUGCUGACACCGAAGCGCGAGUACGAUUUAGGACAAAGACCAGACCUCUGGCAGAAGAAGGUCUGUGAGACGUGCGGUACGAUGGCUAUUACUGAGAAUGAUUGGAGUUUACAUGUUAAGAGUAGGGCGCAUCGGAAAGCGGUUGCUACGAGGAAGAAGGGGGAGAAUGCACAUAAGAUGCGAGAUGGAGGUGCGAGAAGCGCUCAAGAGGAAGUGAUUGAUGUUCUAGAACAGUAUCUAGAUACUUUUCCUGGGAGUCAAGAGACUAAAUGA